AUUUUGAUUUUUGAUUUCAUAUGAAUAUUGAAUGGUAAAGUCGAAGAAAAGUUGGUUGUUGUCCUGAAUUUCAUCCAUCGAUCAUCGAUACUAGCAUUUUUUUAUCUUUGUACUUCUAGUGCAACGACUUUUGAUUAUUGCAACGACAGAUUGAUUAUUUACUUGCUAUAUUGAGCUGUUUGCCAUUUCCAACAUGGAUCCAUCGGAAGUCGACUUUCUCAGUGAAGAGCAAAUGAUUACAAUCUUGCCCAACUUUAGAGAGGGCAGAAUGUACCUGAUCAGUGGUGAUCUUGGACCUUUUGAACCGGGAAUGCCUACUGAAGCUCCUUUAUGGAUGGCUAUAAAUCUUAAAUGUAGAAAGAAAUGCAGGAUUGUUGCUCCAGAUUGGAUGAAUGUUGAGCAAUUACGGGAGAAGAGGGACGAAGCAAAAGAAAUGGAAUAUUUCACAAAAAUGCCUAACGAGUGCUACCUGGAAAUGACUUCGUUAUUGCUCAACAGCGCCCGCGAUGACAUACCGCACGCGAACGAAGUGCAGAAUUUGGUCAAAGAUAUAUGGGAAAUUAGGAUGGCGAAAAUGCGAAAAAGUAUGAAUAUCAUGGUACAGGAAAAGGAAACGCACGCUAGAUUGGAUAACCUGACGCGAAUGGAGAUCAACACUGUCCGACCUUUUCUUACAUCAUCCCUAAACCACAUGCAUAAAUUAAGGUGUUACGUGGCCGAGCAUCCGAGGACUGGCACUGGAUAUUGAAUGGUACCAGAUAAGGAGCGAGACAAAGAAACACUAAUUACUUUUAUGUGACCUAACAAUUUAGAAGCUAACUUUAAUCUACGUAUUUUUGCCUAUUGAUUGUGUAAUGAAUUGUAUUUAUAUGUGCUUUUGUAUCGUUAUAUGUAUGAAACGGCGCUUUGUAUUAUAAUAUAAUUGUGUAAAUAUGCUAGCACAAUUAUAGUCUUUAUAGAGGACACAUGUACAGGAAUGUUUAUGGAAUAAAUUAUGACACUGAUUGAAGUAA